AUGGAGACCAAUCCUACCUUUGACGCGCCCGACCUCGAUCUCGACCUCGACCGCCCCGAUGCCUCCAUUAACGUGUCCCAAUCGCUCGACUACUGGAACAGCGUCUCCUCAGACGUCACAGGCAUGCUCGGCGGCUAUCCCCAGACGUCCCGCAUAGAUCUGCAGGGCUCGUCCAACUUCCUCGCCAAACUGCGCCGUGGCAAAACACCAGCCUCGAAACAGCCUCCCGCGCCACUGGAACGCGUCGCGGACUGUGGCGCGGGUAUUGGCAGGAUAACAAAGGGCUUAUUGCUAGGCGUCAGCCGGCGAGUCGAUGUCGUGGAGCCGGUGAAGAAGUUCACAGACGAGCUGGUGCAGGGUCUCGGGAGUGGGGAGUGGGCUGGCGACGGGGAGAACAGAGACGGCAAGGGACAGGUUGGGGACGUGAUCAAUUUGGGCCUGCAAGACUGGAUACCAGAACCCGGCGCGUACGACCUGAUAUGGAAUCAAUGGUGUGUGGGACAUCUCACCGACGCGCAGCUCGUCACCUACCUCGAGCGGUGCAAGGCGGGCCUGCUGCAGCCCUCCACCGGGGAGGAGACGAGAAAAUCGUGGAUCGUGGUCAAAGAGAACUUGUCCACGGACAUCAGGCAUAAGGACCUCUACGAUGAGGAGGACUCGAGCGUUACGAGGUCGGACGAGACGUUCAGGUCGUUGUUCAAGGAAGCGAGACUGAAGAUCGUCGCGACGGAAUUGCAGAGGGGGAUGCCGAAGGAGCUGUAUCCUGUCAGGAUAUAUGCGCUCAGACCGGAAUGA